GAGAUUGUGCAUUUUAGCAUGACAGCAUUAGUUAAAUGCAUUUUACUAGCGAUGUUGUGAAAUAACAAUACGUGCUUCAUGUUGAAGUGCUGCUGGUGGUUUUAUCUGGCCGACAUCCGUUCAUGACGUCACGGCUUCACCACAACAAAGAUCGGGCCGUCAGCACCUAACCGAGAGAAAGAAAACAAAAUUGGCUCUUUUACUAGGAUCAGUCGACACACCCGUCGAUGCAGCAUGGGUGGGUGUGUUGGAACACACAGAGAGAAUAAUCCACCUUCUGGAGAAUCGUCAGAUGUCACAGUUUCAGUUGGUCGGAAUCAACCAUUAAAAGCAGAAAAGCCAAAGUGGAAGAGUGAUCACCCUUUAACAGAGGGUCAGCUUCGCAGUAAGAGAGAUGAAUUCUGGGAUACUGCCCCAGCCUUUGAAGGUCGCAAAGAAAUCUGGGAUGCACUGAAAGCUGCAGCGUAUGCAUUGGAGACUGGCGAUCAUGGGCUGGCACAGGCCAUUGUUGAUGGAGCCAGUAUCUCAUUGCCACAUGAAUCCAAUGCAAAGCGUCUAAAGCGUAUAACCUUUCGAAUGGGAACACUGCUAGACUGUUACGAUGAGCUUGGAAACCGUUACCAGCUUCCUGUGUAUGUGCUGAGUGCACCAACAAACUUAAUUGAAGACAACAGUGAAAGUGAUACACAGACUGACACAGAUGCUAAUUCAUCUGCUGGUGUGGAAGUGCCAGUCAGGUUCCGUCUGUCCAACAUGGCCAAGGACAUCAAAGUGAUGGUGAAGACCACAGACACUGUGUACAAAGUCAAGAAACUUCUGUAUGAAAAUGAAGGUGUUGAACCUGAGCGACAGCGCUGGUUUUUCAGUGGCAAACUACUCAAUGACAAGCUGCGAAUUGAAGAUGCCAAGAUACCUAAGGGUUUUGUUGUCCAGGUCAUUGUCUCACCACAAGCAGAAAGUUGAAUGGAUUGACUCUACACUCUCUGAAGAAGGCCUGAAGUGUUCCAUGCAUAUCUGAGAUAGAUCACUCUCCCUGUUAAUGUAACAUGAGAGAUCUCUUGCAUAAAAUUAAGAUAGCUCUUUUUUCACAUAGUAAUAAUAAUGAUGCAGAAAUUUUUUAAAAUCCAGUAAACAGUCAAACAUACACUCCAGGUAAUUGUGGUCACCUACUAAACCCAACGCUGCCUAUUUCUUUAGCAGGAUUUUACACGCUGAACACAUAGGAGAGAGAUAAUGUGUGCUUGCUUCUACAAGAGUUUUUCACUUGGUAGAGAUGUAGACCAUAAUUUUUAUCACCAUGGCCUACCAGAUGCUUCACAUCAGAUUAUAUCUAGUCACGUAAGGGGAAUAUACUUAAUGGCUACGUUUUCCAUAAUUAGCCAUUAAACUAGUAUUUUGAUGUUUCUAUACACGUGUGGUCUUUUGGCUGGUCUGAAAAGCACACAUUGAUAACCAUCAAAGUUAAUGACAGUGAGUUUCAACUCAAUUGUAGAAAAGCAGAUCAAAUAAAAGUUGUCUGAAUUUGUCCUUAUGAACAGAGAAAAUUCAGCUUGACAGAAAUCUUGCAUGCUAUAUAAGUUUUAUCUCAGUCUCUGUUUUGAAAGCACAGGAGUAAAAAUAAAGUGCUCAUAUCCAGUGCUGAGACAAAAAUUAUCCUUUGUACUAUUUGUUCUACAAUGCAAAAAUAAGACUAACAUUUCAUCAGUGAUCGGUUCUACAUUUGUCAUGUGCAGUCCUCAUCACUUCUUAUUUUUCGUAAUUCUAUAGCAUAAGAGUUGAGAUAAGUGAACACUUGAUUGUCCCCCAUUAUCAUAUGCUGGCACUCCUGCAUGCAUGAGUGUACACACAUGAGUGAGAAAGAGUGAGAGCAUGCAUAAGUUGCAGUCUCCAUCAUUGAUCUCAAAAUGAUUUUGGAGAAAAUGAUGGAGGAUGGCCCUCUUGUGUACAGUUUGUCUUUAUGCAAUUGUUUGUACAUGUGUCAAAGUUUUUGCAAUUAUUUGUCUGCUAUUGCAGUUUAUGUAAUUGUGCAUUAUUUGUGUACUUUUAUGACUGUGCAUAUAUUAGGAUGUAUGUGUGUUAAUGUGUGUACAUGCAUUUGUGUCUGUGGAGGUCUUCAUUCUGCACAAUCACCACUUUAUAUAUGCACAUGAUCUGGGUGUUUCUGCAUCUGUGCAUCCUUUUUUUAUGUUUGUAUGUCCCGGUUAUAUUUUGACUGAAAUUGUUACAAAGGAAUGAAUGUUUGCCCUGUCUUUCAUACAUGGCUCCUGAAGGGCAUGUGGGAGCUGUGAAAGGUUCUUGUAAUAUCAAUAUCCAGAUACAUCACAAAUUGUCUUUAUAUAGUGGAGUAUUCCCCCAGGUAAAUCAGAGAUUGUCUUUAUAUACACCCUCCUCCCAGAUUUGUCCUUCAGUUGAUGGUCAUGAUGUUACACAGAGAGGAAGUACAGUCCAUUUUGUGCCUGCAUAUUUUAGUGUGUGUUUGAGGUAAGACAGGUGUUAUGUGCCUGCAUAUUUCAGUAUGUACAUUUGGGACAAAAUGUGCCUGCAUAUUUCAGUAUGUGUAUUUUAGAACAAGCUCGGCAUGAUGUGCCUGCACAUUUCAGUGUGUGUUUAGGGCAAAGUGUGGGUGAGGUGUAUGCACAUGUUCAGGUGUGUUUAUGCAUGCAUGAAGAAUAGCUUGUUUUGAUCAUUGGUAAAUUUUAUAUAUUAAGUUUUUUUUUUAAUAAUAAGUUUUCUUACUGUUCUGCCCAUCUCUGCAUUGUUAGUCAUUUAUAGAAAAGGUUCUUAACAAAAUAUUUACAAUAAUAUUUGAGCUCCCAGUUUUCAGUUUCCCAAUGCAGUAUAACACUUGACAAUUAACUUGGAACAUGCAUAGCUUGAAGCACCCUUUCUACUCAGUGAAUGAAAACCUCAGAACAUGCAUAGCUUUAAACAGCCUUUCUGCUCAGUGGAUGAAACCCUCAGCCCAGUAAAGAAUUAUUACCCUAUAGCACUACUUGAAUUAUCAGCUACAAUGGCGUACAAAUUUUAUAAAUCAAAUUCUGUUUUGUGCAAAGCUUCAGACAUGGCAUUCCAAAUGGCAUCUUCAACAUUCUGUCCAAAAAUUGAUUCUGCACCCUGCUGUGCCAUAGGAACAUACCCAUGGUCUACCAUAGGAAUGUACCUAUGGUCUAUGAUAGGAACAUAACCCAUGAUCUGCCAUAGAAACAUACCCAUGGUCUACCAUUAGAAAUAAUAUACCCAUGGUCUACCAUAGGAACACACACAGCAUCAACCACAGGAACAUAUAUCAUAGGAAUGUGAGCAGAUGAUGAUGCACAGCCAACCGAUAUCUGUCUUUUCAGUUGUUUUCUCCUUUUUGAUUGUUUUUAUUCAGAGACUAUUAUUUUUCCAAAUUACAUGAUUGAUCGAUAGUUGUUCUAAAUGUAUGUGUUGGGGAGAGAAGGUAGGGUAAUUUGAGGAUGGUGGAACAAGGUCAAGAGUGAUUUGAUUGUGCUGGAAUGGUUUAGGGCAAUUGGAGUAUGCUGGAACAAGGUAGGAGUUCUUCCCAUAAGAAUAAUGGAAAUUGGGCUUUGAAUGAUUUUUCAUAAUGAUGUAAAAAUAUUUUCAGAAGCAUGAUAUUAAAAUGUGCCCUAAACAUUUCCAAAAAAAUUGUGUAGACUGUGUAGAAAAACAGUUGAACUAUUUGUGUUGUACAGAUGCCAAAGUCGCCAGAGGUCACGUAAAACAUGCUUCAUAAUUCUUUAUCUUGGUAUCCCUUUUUGGUGAGUCAGAGUUUUGAAGACUGAGCUGUUGUCUUUGUGUCAUGGUCCGACCAGAAUCAAAAUUGUUGGUGACUGUAAGUCAGAUUCAGAUUAAAGGGAAAGAAAAGUAUUUAUUACUGUAGAACACAUUCCCUGUAUGCUGUGUUGAUUGUAUAAGCUAUUACAAAAUAAUAUCUCCAUGAUA